CCCGCUCUGCUCUCUGCAAACACAUGUUCAAGCAGCUCUCCAUCACACACACACACUCUCUCACUCAUACUCACACACACACAUACACACACAGCAUGCCUCCGUUUGACAAAACCCAUCCGCAGAGCAAACCCUUCAAACUGAGGAAGAGCUUCGCUACGAGGAAACAAGAAGUGGCAGGAAUAAGGUCCAAAUUCCCCAACAAAAUCCCGGUGAUAAUUGAACGCUACGAAAGGGAAAAGUUUCUUCCUCCGCUGGAUAAAACCAAGUUCCUGGUGCCGCAUGAACUCACCAUGACUCAGUUUGUCACCAUCAUCAGGAACCGCAUGGCUCUGCUCCCCACUCAGGCUUUCUACCUGCUCAUCAACAACAGCGGACUGGCCAGCAUGUCGCUCACCAUGGCUCAGGUUUACAAAGACCACCAGGACGAGGACGGCUUCCUCUACAUGACCUACGCCUCGCAGGAGAUAUUCGGACACUAACGAACGUUCACCGCUUUAGGUUUUAUUCAAUGACGAAGGCUGCUGGCCUCUUAACUCAGCUGUAAAUAGAAAAAAAAAUAUUCUGUAUAUAUUGUAAUAUUUGUUUGUGUAAGAUGAAUUUUAAUUAAUCUGUGUGGAUCCAAUAAAUCUUAUGUAUAAAUAAUGAA